AUAAAUAAAAUAGACUUUUUUGUACAGAGAAACAUCAUCUCUGACCUUUGCGUGCAUCGGCACCUAAUAUACAGACAGACAAAAAUGGCUAUCAGGGACGGCGUUCGCUCUUCCUUUGUUAUCUAUGUGGCUUUGUUCUUAUUGGGCUGUCAAGAUUCUGUAAAGGGACACUUCCUGUCUACUUCGAAACCCGAUCGCCAUGACGCUGCUGCCAGUGCUCGUUGGCUGGUAUCACAGAAUUCUUGGGGGGUUUUGAACACCCUAUCAAGUGAUUUGGGUGGCACACCCUUUGGGAAUGUUGUUUCUUUUAGUGAUGGACCAUAUGAUAAAGGCACUGGCAUUCCUUACUUCUAUUUGACAACUCUUGAUCCAACUGCGAGGAAUGCACUAAAAGAUCAGAGGUCAUCAUUCACUAUCAGUGAGUAUCCUUUAGGAACUUGUGGCAAGAGAGACCCUAUGAAUCCCGCUUGUGCGAAGAUUACAUUAACAGGAAAGUUGAAGGAACUUGAGGAAAACUCCAAAGAAGCAGAAUUGGCACGGAAUGCCUUGUUUACAAAGCAUCCAGAGAUGAAGGGCUGGCCUAAGAAACACAACUUCCAGUUUUUCGAAUUGGAGAUUGAAGAUAUAUUUUUGAUCAAUUGGUUUGGUGGCCCGAAGGCUCUCACGGUGGAGCAGUACCUGCAUCAUAGAAAGGACAAGUCCAACUCUAUUCAGUGGAUGCCCUACUGAUCUUCGUUCCUUCGCUGCUUCUUCGGUACCAGUCUUCUGUGUAUGUUGUGUUCAAGCAAGGCAUCAGGGAUACCAUGAAGCAAUUGUUUAUAUAAUGUUUUAUUGUUCCCACCACACUCCAACCAGUGUUGAAAAAUAAUGAUGGAUAGCAAAUUGAUUCAAAAUGUAUCUGAUUAUUAUGACUUGUACCAUAUAAUAAUGGUUAUGGACAAUAGUGAUUGAUGUAUGUAUGUUCUUAAAGUCAGUGAAAUGCAAUAUGAUAAUGUGUUUUUCUUU